UGACGCCCGCCCUCUGUUGUUCUAAUUCUCAAACGUUCGGGGAAUUUUGCGCAAGACAUGGAGGCAGAGAUCCAACGUUGGUGUUGAUGUUUUUAUCAAAUUGACAUUUACUUUUGACCUGAAAAAAAUAGCUCGGAAAAAUCAACUACCUCAUGGCUACUAUAGCUGCUUCCAGAAUAAAGAGGGAACUCAAAGAAGUAAAGGCAGAUGCUGAGCUGAUCAAAGAUGACGUCUCUGUCGAACUGAUGGAUAAUUCCUAUUUAGCACUUACCGGGGAGAUCCCCGGCCCUAAAGACACACCGUAUGAAGGAGGGACAUUCCAUCUCAAGAUCAUCAUCCCUGAAACCUAUCCUUUCAACCCUCCGCAGGUGAGUUUUACCACCAAGAUUUGGCAUCCAAACAUCAGUUCAGUGACGGGGGCCAUCUGCCUAGACAUAUUGAAAGACCAGUGGGCAGCGGCCAUGACGCUACGCACGGUGCUACUAUCAGUCCAGGCCUUGCUGUCACUACCAGAGCCAGAUGAUCCACAGGACGCUGUGGUCGCACAACAGUACAAAGAAAACCAAGAUGCAUAUCGGAGAACGGCCAGACAUUGGGCCUGUGCCUAUGCCGGAGCCAAAAGCAGCAGUAGAGAGCUUGACGAGAAGGUGGAAAGAAUAACAGAAAUGGGCUUCAACGAGUCAGACGCAAGAGACGCACUCUCCUCCACGGACUGGGAUGUUGGAAGGGCCGUGGAAAAGCUAAUGAGUUGAUGCAAAGGAUUUAUCCGUAAUGCUAUCAUCUAUAUAUACAUACACCCUUCCUUCCAAUACUCCUUCCAAACGAUCGGGGGUCAAUGUCAUGAAGCUGCUAGUCCGAAAAAAAAAUUGCCAAGCCCACAAAAUAUUUACUCAGAAAAUUCAGUUUAACAGCUAAAAAUAGCUUGGAACAGAAACGGCUUGUGACGGUAAUAUUUACACUAGUGGCAGCUCA